CAAUUAUUAUCAAGCAAGUUUCUGAUAACGAAAUUACAGUCAGCGUUUUUGUAAAAACUACUAAUCUUGUUUGUCUUUACUAAGACGAAUUAAAUUAUUCUUAUUUCUUAAUAUUAUCUUACUGUCACGUUAACAGUUGCUUGUUUAAAAUGUGAAUAAAUACAAGUUUGUGCAGUUAUUUUGUUUUUCAUUCAUAGGUUUGAAUUAAAAUGUCUGACCCAAGUAAUCCUUUUGCGGGUCUAUUAGGAGUGUCGGGAUUAAAGGCAACGAAUGAAACAGAGUUUAACAGUGGCCCUAUGUCAUUAGAUGCGAAGCAAACCCAAGAGGAACUACAGGUUCAGACAAUAAACAAUAUAGUUGAGAAUGUAUUCCAUUUCACUAUAAAUUCCAAUGCUGUUGAUGGUCAAACUGAUACACAGUUGGUGUAUCUAGAAGAACUAUCACAAGCUAUCAGUCCGAAAGUUCAUAUUGAUUUAGAAGUGUUAGAACAGGCACUUUUUGAAAGACUACUUUUACAAGAUGUAGAAGAAAAUGUAUUGCCCAAAACAACCAAAGUUUUUAAGGAACAUGUCACACAGAAACAGGUGUUUUCGUAUUUAUUUAGCGCUGUGGAGAAUCUUCAGAGUUACAGCCAAAGUAAUACACAGUUCAUAAAGGAUGCAUUGGAUAAAAUGAAGGAGCUAAUUCUCCGAAAUGCUGUGACAGCUUUAAAGCAGCCUAUGCUCUUUGAGGGGCAAGAUUUUGCAGUGCAGCUAGUAGAAAUACUGCAACAUGGUGGAUCCCAAAGUUUUACAUUUUUUAAUGAAUUAAUACAAGCAUUUGUUGCUGAUGAAAGUGAUGAUUGUUAUACACAAUUAAGAGAUUCUAUGAUACCAGUACUGAAGAAAAUUCACACUGAUGUAAACAAAUCAAAUUUAAUUAAUUUACCUAUAUACAUUUUGCCAUCAAUACAAUUCUUCGCAGGGAAUUCACAUUUAGCACCAAUAUUGAUGGAAGCAUGUGAACCAAAGAUUGAGACAAAUGGAAAACUGUACCAGGAUUCUGUAAUUGGUGCUCUAUUGAGCUUGUCCGUUUUACCUCGGAAUGCAACCGGAUUGCCUGAAUAUUUUGAUAAUCCUAUGGACCAGGCUGCUACAUCAAUGAUAGAAAAUUCUAUAUGGAAUGCCUCAUCACAUCUUACAAAUAAUUUGCACAAAAUAUUUUUGACUUUGCUAAAAGGUGGGCCAGCAAUAAAAAAUAGAUUAUUGUCAUGGAUAGGAAAGUGUUUGAAAACUAAUGUUGCUAGAGGAAAGCUUUGGAAUGUUCAGGCUGCAGAAAUGAGUGCAUCAACAUUGACUUGUGUCUCCGAUGGAUUUAUGUUGAACCUUGGUGCGGUACUUUUGCAACUGUGUCAACCAUUUUGUUCCAAUGCAGAUGACCCAAAGUCGUUAAAAAUUGAUCCUACCUAUGGUGCAGUAUUGCCGGAAGAAUGUGCAGCUAAGUCGGUGCACCUCGAUUGUUUGCACAGCGAGACUUGCCUGUUGCCCACACGCGAGGCUGAUGACGGCCAGACCAUGAAGAGGCCGACCGCUGACACCUACAGCUUCGUUACAGAGUGCUUCUUCAUGACACAAAAGUGUAUUGACUUGGGCGUGCGCGUGUGUGCGGAGAAGCUGUGGCGAUGCGGGCAGGAGCUGGGGCGGGCGCAGCGCACGCUCGCGGACGUGGCGGGCGCGCACCACAUGAUCGAGCCGCUGCGGCAGCGCACGCACUUCCUUAUGACCAAGUUCGUCAGCCUCCGUUGCGCGCUUCUAGAGAACGAGAUGCUAACCAACCUGCACCGCCUGCAAGCGACCACGUGCACGUGGUUAGUGCAGGUGGCCGUGCGCGCCGACCCCGACGCGCCGCUCGCGAGCUAUGCGCCCACGACCAUGGUGGAGAUGCAUAUGCCCAUCACUACGCCGCCUCCAGAUACUUUGAGAUGCAUUCCAGAGUUCGUGCUAGAAAAUAUAGUAGUGCUGAUAACAAUGGCGCGGCGCACCGUGGGCGCGAUCACCGAGGAGGCCGACAUAGCGGGGCUGCUGCAGCCGGCGCUCACGCUCGUGCUCACCUUCAUGGGCGACUCCUCGCGUACAUACAACCCUCAUCUCAGGGCUCGCCUCGCAGAGUGUCUUGAAGCCAUGUUGCCCAACCAUCCUGACGAUCAACAGCCUCUCAGCAAUAUCGCAUCGUUCUACAGGGAGCAACUUUUCAAAAACCACCCACAUAGGUUGCAACUCGUGCCGUGCCUAUUGGACGUGUUCGUGGGCAUAGAGAUGACGGGCCAGAGCGUGCAGUUCGAGCAGAAGUUCAACUACCGCCGCCCCAUGUACCUCGUCAUGGACUUCCUGUGGGGCAUCGAGGAGCAUAGAGAUGCUUUCACGCGAUUAGCAAAAGAAGCAGAAUCCAACAUGGAAGCAGUGCACCCGCCGAUUUUCCUGCGCUUCGUCAACUUAUUGAUGAACGACGCCAUUUUCCUCUUGGACGAGGCGCUAGGAAACAUGGCGCAGAUACGGACCUUGCAGACCGCGCAAGAGUCGGGCGCGUGGGCCAACCUGCCGGCGCACGAGCGCGAGCAGAACCUCGGCAACCUGUCUCACGUCGGCAUGUUGGCGCGCUUCGACAACAUACUCGGGCGCGACACCGUGCGCGCGCUGGUGCGGCUCACGGCGCACGCGCCCUACGUGUUCUGCCACCCCACGCUCGUCGACCGCAUCGCCUCCAUGCUCAACUACUUCCUGCUGCACCUCGUGGGGCCCAACAAGAAGAACUUCAAGGUAAAAGACAUGAAGGAGUACGAGUUCGACCCGGCGAUGACGGUGCUGGACAUAUGUCACAUGUACGUGGAGCUGGGCAGCAACCAGCGCUUCUGCGUCGCCGUGUCCGACGACGGCCGCUCCUACUCGCCGCAACUGUUCACUCUCGCUGAGGCGGUGUUGGUGCGCAUUGGCGGCGGAGGUCUCAUCACCUCCCUGCAGGAGGUGGCGGCGCGGGUCGCCACACUGGCCGAGCAGCGGCAGCGCGACGAGGAGAUUCUGGCCAACGCGCCCGAGGAGUUCCUCGACCCCAUCAUGAGCACCCUCAUGCAGGACCCCGUGGUGUUGCCCAGCUCGCGCACCACCGUCGACAGGACCACCAUAGCAAGGCACCUUCUGAGCGAUCAGUCUGAUCCUUUCAACCGCUCGCCUCUGUCAAUGGAUCAGGUGAAAUCCAACACCGAACUGAAGGAUCGCAUACACGCUUGGAUAGCUGAACAGAAGCGGAAAAUGGAUCCGAACAGAGCUGAUGUAUAGUAAUGUAAACAUUAAUUUAUUAUAUGUAUGUCGAAACUGGUAAUUAAAGUUUCGUGAUGGCCUGUUAUCAACUGUGAAUACAAAGCAUUUUGGAUCCUAAACUCAAUUCACUUAUAUCCCUUAUUCUUUGUAAUAAAAAAAGGUAUAGAAUGUGCCAAAGGUAUAGUCCGCUCUGACGUUGGGCAUUGACCUCUUAUAAUAAAAGGACGCACAAUCAUGUAGAAAAUUUCACUUAAAAACUGGCCAAUUUUGCUUUGACAUUUUUAGAAUUAUUGGUAAAAAAAUUACACCUUUAAAUAUAGUCCAACAUUCAAUAAAAUCCCAAAUCCCAGAUUCAAAUUCAACUUUAAGGAUGGAGUUUAAGGUUGAAUUUGCAAAUGCGACUACUUGAAUUGAGUGUCAAGAAAUUGUGUUUGGCACUCAUUAAGAGGGGACGAUUUUUGAUCGCUGAUUGUGCAUCCACUUUUUAAUAGGAGAUUGAUGACGUUGGGCAAUAAUUAUUGUGUAUAUGAAUAACUUUUACUUGUCCCCUAAAUAUUAUCACACAUUUUUUUUUAUUCUUUAAAAGUAAUUAAUUAAGGGUAACUUGUUAGGAGGUGGAUGAUAAUUCACACCCCAUACGGUUUUUACACGACAUCGUUCCGGAACGUUAAAUCGCUUGGCGGCACGUCUUUGCCGGUAGGGUGGUAACUAGCCACGGCUGAAGCCAGCCAGUCCUAGACCAAUUAAGAAAAUCCCAAUCGGCCCAGUCGGGGAUCGAACCCAGGGCCCCCAUCUUGUAAAUCCACCGCGCAUUCGAACGUUACGGUUGAGAAACGCUAGUGUAAAGGCGUUAAAUGUUGAUAAUAGGCCUACGGGUUGUUUGAUUUUAAUAGGCUAGUUGACACUUUUAAAUGUUCUUACAUAGUUCAUUAUCGUUCUAGUAAAUUGAAAACAAAAAUCAUAUUUUUUUGAGACGUAAUUACAUGAAAAUUUUAGUUUUUAAAUUUGUUUUUGACAAUACGAGCCAAAAUGCCUGUCGGCAAUGACAGUCUAUAUUUCGACUGUUUCAUGACGUCACUAUAACAAAUCCCUUACAAACGGAGCGUUUGACAAAAAUAUUAGUUACAGUUGACGUUUAGUACAUCAAAUGUCUUAAUGACGUCACAAAGUGGACGGCAGCGUUUUUGACGUUUGGAAAAUGUCAAAAAAUACGUGAUAUUUAAAUUGAGUUUUUUAUGAAAUCCUUAAUUUUUAUUAAUUGAUAUCGAAUUAAUAUUGUUUAUAUUAAAUUUAUUAUGAGUCAACUACCCUAUUGCACAUCUGUCACAUAGCCAAUAAGUUAUUGUGGUGAUGGAUAUUUAUAAGUGUGGUGAUGAAUUCAAGUACACAAUUGUGGUCAAAAUCAAACUCAAAAUAUGUCAUUACUUAUAAGAGGUAUUUGUACGCUUUUCUCAUGUAAAGGUAAAGGCGAUCCACCGGUUCUUGUCAUUAAGAAAAUGGUCAAUUGUAUAGUAAACUUGAGGUAACAAAUUGUUUGAAUCUAUUUAUUUAGCAGGUCAAGAAAUAUAUGCUUUAAAAUACUACAAUGCAGGUUGUAUAUUAAUCAACGGUUAUGCUCUGUGUUUUAAAUGACAAAAAGAGGGAAAACGUUUUACAACCACUAUGGAAUAUGAAUUAAGUCGAAGAAUGCUGAAUGAUUUAUUAUUACAUACAUAUACAAUAUUUUUUAUUUGGUUGUACCAAAUAUUAAAUAUUACCAAAAACUAUAAACAAUCACACGUUUUGUAUUGAGGUAGCAUUGAUAUAGAUAAUAAGGUGACGAAAUUUUUAUUUAACUAUAUCUAUAACUCAAGUUUUGUUUUUGUGUAUGAAAUCAAUUUUUUUUUUAAUAUUUGCCAUAUUUUUUUAAUAUGUCCAAUAGUUCCUCUCCAAUAGGCUAGUUGGCAUUUUUAAAAAAUACGUGAUUUUUAAAUUAAGUUUUAUAAGAAAUCCUUAACUUUUAUUGAUUAAUAUCGAUAUUUUUCGGACCCUUAUUCCUUGUACUACACGAAAUUGAUAUUAUUUAUAUUAAAUUUGAUAUAAGUCAACUACCCUAUUAGUUGGAGAGGGUACGACGUGUCGAACCUCGUUAUGAUGGAGUUAUUGAGACUUAAUGAAAUUGUAUAAUAGGCUAGUUGACACUUUCUUUAAAAGAGUCAUAAAUUGUUCAUUAGCGUUCAUUAGAUUGAAAAAAAAAAUAUAUUUGAACAUGAAAAAUUCAAUUUUUAAAUGUUUUUUGACAAUACGAGCCAAAACGCUGUCGGCCAUGAUGACUUGUAUUUUAGCGUUUCAUGACGUCAUGUAAACACUAAACCUUAACCAAACAUUGUGUUUGACAAAAUUAUUUAAUAAUUAAUUUGACGUUUAUUUCUAUAGUGACAUUAAUUAGUAACUUCGUGACGUUACAAAAUGGACGACAGCGAUUUUGACGUUUGAUAAAAUUUAUUUUAUAUACAUAAUUUAAAUUUUUUUUUUUUUUUUUUUUUCAUUUAAGUUUACUUUGAAAUAUAUUUUGGACCCUUGUACAAUUAAUAUUGUUUGUAUUAAAUUUGAUAUGAGUCAACUACCCUAUUAUGUAAUUAGUAGACAUCAGUAUGCCAAUGUUGUAACUAUGAGAAAUGAAAUUUAUUUUUGUUGUUGGUUCUCUAUUGAUCCAACCAUAUAAAACUACACAAUUAUGGAUGGUUUAAUUUAAAUCGGCAAGACUACAACACUCCUGGCAUGCAUAGCAAUAAAUUAUUUUGGCGCUAAAUCUUUGGCAUUAGUUUGAGUUGAGCAGAUAUCUACUAAUGAGUUACUAAAAUCAAUAAAACGAAGAUAAUCUUAUCUUUUUGUAAUAAUAGCUUAGAUAGUAUUAUAAAUGCGCGCACUACCAGGAGAGUUUGUGUUUAGUUUAGUUUGAUUUAAGAAUAUUGUUUUUCCAUAUACUUAAGGUGUAACAGCAUGCAAACUUUACCUUUAUGACGUUUCGGAAUAUCGCUCCGCUUCAAGUUUCGCAAUACAAGAUUUUAGGUAUCAUCGGUAAUGUAGCGGCGCGGCGCGCGUUGACACCUGUCUUGACUUAAUGUAUGAAAAACGUGCUCGUGACACUCGCAGCUGAUUUCUGAGACGUCGAAUAGAGAUAAUAAAGUUUGCAUCUGACUUUUUUACUUUUCUUAAUUGUCCAUGUUAUGAAGCUACUAAAAGUAGCGGUUUUUUGUGAUAUUAAUUAAUGUCAUUAGUUUAUAUUUUUAUGACACCGUCAAUCGUCAUCCGAAACAAUUUACUCAUCACUGUGUAUUGCAAAGGAAUUUGACUUUAAAAACUUAUUACUUUUGUUAAAAGACAUUUAUAAUUAUUAUUAUAGAAGUUUAUUUAAAAUAUCAUCAGUGAAAUGUUAUUAUAUCUAGAGAUAUAUGAGUAAACGUGGGGUUUUUACAUUGUUACAUUACAAAGAUGCCAAAGAAGUAAUAAACCAUUUAAUUUAAAUAUAUAAAUCUCUUAUAGACACAGAAGACACUAACAGAAUAACAUUAUUGAUAUGAUAUAAUUAAGAGUACAUUUAUGGUAUAGUGCUACAAAGUUAAUUGGCGUUGUGGUCGCGAUUUUACUAUGUAAUUAAUGUUUUUCAAAAUAGUGACUUGCGCGACGAUAGGCCUAGUUCGGACUACUUUAGUACUUUAGCCCAGUACGAACAAUUUUUUGAUUUACCGCCCAAAAAUUGUUCGUACUCGACUAAAAUACUAAAGUAGUCUGUACCUAGGGCCUUUUAGUUCCCAUUUUGGCCACCAGGUCAGAUACCCCCUAUAUACUGGUUUUUGCUAACAAUAAUGUGGGGACAAAGAUUAUUACUCUAGAUUUGAUAUCAUCUCACUAGAUAACAUUCAAUGUUUAAUUUUUAUAGAAAAUAAUUUGGGAAUAAACUGCAUAUGUCCUACAAAAUUUACAGAUUAAUAUAUAAUAUAAAUAUAUGUAUAUUAUAACUAUUCUUGUUUGUGAAAGUUUAGUUCAACUAUUUUGUUAACUUGAUUUAUUUACUCCAAAAAGCUAUCCAAUAAAAAUUACACAAGUC